AACAAGGGAGGUAAUCAUCUACAAACAUGUCGCAAGCAAUGAAGAGAUUAAAAAGUAUUCUGCAAAAUGUUAUUACAGUUGAUCGACAACAAGUCAGGACGAAGAUGUAUUGGCCGAGAAAGAUUGAACCCGAAGAAGAAAAAACACAUGCACAACGAAUUGCUGAAAUGAAACAGACAGAUCUAGAGUUAGACAAAGUGAUUAACAUUGGAUUUCCAGUCACCAAAUUUGACAGAACAGAAAGAAAAAAGAUGAAACAUCAAUUGAAAGAGUCCAUAGCAGAAAAAGAACUAGACUUAGAAAGAGCUGCUAGAACAAGAACAUUAAAUGUCCCAUUAGAAAAAGUGAAGAAAAUCUACACUCAGGAAAUGCAAAGAUUUCACUGGAAGUCCUUAGCAGAGCAUUAUGGGAUAUAUAGAGACUUAUUUGACAAUGCUAUGUUUUAUCAGUGUGUCAAUAUGGACAUAAGUUAUGAUUUUGAUGAGGAAUAUGUAUCUAAAGUUCACAUUGGAAACAGACUAAAACCAUCUGAGGUAAAAUCCAAACCUUAUGUUGAAUAUACAGCUGACCCUGACACCUGGUGGACAAUUGCUAUGACAGCGCCAGACAGUCAUUUACAGGAUAACAACAUGGAGUAUUUACACUGGCUCAUAGGCAAUAUACCAGGAAAUGAUUUAGAUAAAGGGGAAGAACUCUGUAAUUAUUUACCACCUUUUCCUGUUCAUGGCACGGGUUACCAUAGAUAUGUUUUUGUGUUGUAUAAACAAAACAGAAAGAUAGAUUUUAGUAAAGACAAAAGACCAGAGAAUUGCACAUCAUUACGAGACAGAAGCUUCAGUACACUAGAGUUCUAUAGAAGUUUACAGGAUGACCUAACUCCAGCCAGUGUAAACAUGUUCCAAAGUGAUUGGGAUGAGUCAGUUAGAGAUACAUUCUGGAAUAUUUUAGACAUGAAAGAACCAAGAUUUGAAUUUAAGCAUCCACCUCCGUACCAUCCCCUACAGAAAUGGUAUCCACAUCGCCAGCCAUUUAACUUAUACCUAGAUAGGUACAGAGAUAUCAAAGAUCUGAAUGAAGAAGUACUGAAAGACAGACUGAAGGAUUUAAAGCCGUUUGAACCUCCACCUCAACAGAAAUACCCUGUGUUAAAUAUGAUCAAGUAUAAACAAAUAUCUGGAGUACAGCCGACGUGGAGAAGACCUAAACUAAGGCAUAAAUACCUCAAAGAAAUGCAUUGGAAUGACUCUGAAGAUAAAGUUAUUUGACAAUUGAAAUUUAGCAUUGGAAAUUUAUUAAAAUAGAUAAACAAAAACUGAAAGAAAAUUUUAUAAUAUUUUUGUGGGAGAAAUAUAAACAUUACACAUUGAUUUGGGACCUAAAGAAAGAAAAGUUAAAAAGAUGGCAAAGAAAUAACUCCGACAUAAUGAUUACAGAAAAAUGAGAAAAGUUAGCAACAACAAAAAUUCUUAAGGGUUCCGCUAAACCCAGUGUCUUGCCUACUUUUGCCGUUUAUAGCAGAUUCAACAAAAAUGAGGAAAAAAUCAAUAAAAAUAUUCCUCUCGAUACUAUCUUUUGAUUGUAAGAAGCUUCCAAGUUUGGUAAAAUUCCAGGAUAGUUUAUGAAUCUAAUAAAUGUUUAAAACUUUAACUGCAGACUAUGUAAUGUUAAUUGGAAGAAAGUCAAUUUAUAAGUAAAAUACAGGAAAAUUGUAA